AUGGCCUUCCUCGCAUUGACUUUUUUGGCCCUCGGUUUAACCUCCUUCGCUCAGCGUCCGGAGAGUGUCUCAAUUUGCGAUUUCUAUACUCCUCGCAUCUUGGGAGCAAACACUGCGCCUAAUCAGGAACUUCUCAUGACUCUUCUCGUAAACACCUUUGUUAUUGGCAACUAUACGACUCCAAACACUGGAGUUGCUGUCCAUGGGAUUGCUGCUCCUGCUGAGUACAAUGGACACUCGGUUGCCCUCCUUCCCUACUUCACUGGGGAAUUCAACUCAACAAAUACUGGUGGAAACACAGGCGCAUCUAAACUGUUUCUUGACGAUGGUGGCGCCGUUCCUCUGACCAUGAAUAUGUCUUCCAACGGCAAUACGUCCUCAGCGCAAUACAAACUGCUCACUCAUAUCUAUCACUACUUUGGUACUUUGCUUGGUUGCUCUCUUCAAGGAGACAGCAGCUUUCCUCAUUACGAGGGAAGGACAAGCAUGUACGAAGUGCAUCGGUUCAUGGACUUGGAUAUCUAUCAAAUGAACUUCUUCAUUCAACAGGUUGAAGAUUCGGCCACCUCCCUCGGCAUCUCGUCUGAUGAUGCCAAAGUAUUGGGGAACACUCUCAACACGUCGUUCAAUACUCGAUGUGCCCCUGCCACCGCGAUCACCAACAUCUCCGCUCCCGCUGAAUUGCAGUCCGUUUGCAUUGCGGACAAUUGCCCGGCUGAUCCAAAGCAAAAUUGUGCCGCAUAUCCUCUUAACGGUGUGGCCUUGCUUCCCGUCAAUCUUACUGCUACUUCGAAUUCAACUGGAUCAACCACUCCCUCAUCUACGUCAACCUCGACACCCUCUUCGACCCCGUCGAAAACCAGCGAUGGUAACAUGGUUGUUGGUGGAUACUGGCAGUGGGUUACUACUGUGGUCUUGGCCGCUUUCACUGUGCUGUAUUAG